AUGUUUGGUAAAAAUAAUGAAGAAACCGUUGGAUUAUUAAAAGUUUCAGCCAAUAAACUAGAUGGGAAUAUAAAAUAUGGAACCGUAGAAAAUAGUGUAAAGAAAAAACCUACAAUCAAUGGUCUAUUUCGAUAUGCUAGCAAAGGUGAUGUGGUUCUUAUGUCUAUUGGUGUUAUAUGCUCGGUUAUUCAUGGAUCGAGUUUUCCUGUCUUGGCAUUAGUAUUUGGUCAAAUGACCAAUGUAUUUAUCAAGCAAGCAUCGGUUACUUCUACUGUAAAUAACUCAAUGGUCAAUAUACCGUUGACAGUGGUUGGAAAUGCCUUAGAUCUCAUACAUACUAAUCCAUUUAACUCAACAUCUAAUUAUACAAAUAUUCUUCGCUCAAGUGAUGUAUCAACUAAUUCACCCUUAAAUGAUGAAAGUUCUACAUUUGGUGCAUUCUUUAUGUCUGAAAUGGAGAGAAUGAGUACUGUUAGAACUAUUACAGAAAUCGAUUUGAGAAAAACAACAGAUAUUCCAAAUCUAUUCAGUGAUGACACGUUAAGUCCUGAAGAAUUUUAUAACGAUAUGACUAAAUUUUCGUUGUAUUACUUGUACAUUGGAUGCAUAGUAUUAAUUGCUGCAUUCAUACAAACUUUUUGUUGGGAGAUCGCUUGUGAAAGACAAAUUUACCAAUUACGUAAGGUAUUUUAUUGUCAAAUCCUUAGACAAGAAAUUAGUUGGUAUGACUUAAGUGAUGGCGGAGACUUGACAACAAAAUUAUCAGAUGAUUUGGAAAGAGUUCGUGAAGGUAUUGGCAGUAAAUUCAGUAUGAUUACUCAAUACGUAAGCACUCUUUUCACUGGUAUAGUAAUUGGUCUUUGUGUCGAUUGGAGAUUAACAUCGAUCAUACUUUGUGUCACGCCAUUUUUAGUUGCAGUUUCUGGAGCUCUAGCUAUUGUUUCAGCGAGUACAGCCGCUAGAGAGCAAAUGAAAUAUGAUUUAGCUGGAGGUAUAGCUAAAGAGGUCCUAUUAAAUAUUCGGACAGUAGCAGCAUUUGGAGGAGAACUUAAAGAAUCUAAAAAAUAUGAGUUGGCUAUAGAAGAAGGUCGAAAAUUAGUCAUGAAAAAAUACUAUAUAUUCUCAAUAUUAUUGGGUUCUGUAUUUGUGUUAAUGUAUUCAGCAUAUGGAAUAGCAUUCUGGUAUGGAUCUAAUUUAAUUGUUGAUGGAAUUUCAUCACCUGGGAGCAUUUUCACGGUAUUCUUUAGUGUAAUGGCUGGGGCUUUUUCUGUGGGAAAUGCUUUACCAUUUAUAAAUUCAGUAUGCAUAGCGAUUGGUGCAGCAUCAAAUGUAUUUGAUAUAAUUGAUAGUAAACCAAACAUUGAUCCUUAUUCAUCACAAGGAAAGAAAAUUAAUAAAAUUCAAGGAAAAAUUGAAUUUAAAAAUGUAAACUUUGCAUAUCCAACAAGAUAUUCUAUACCAGUUUUGAAUAACUUAUCAUUAACAAUCGAACCAGGCCAAACUGUAGCAUUGGUAGGUUCUAGUGGAGGUGGUAAAAGCACAGUUGGAAGUUUGUUACUGCGUUUUUAUGAUCCCACAGAAGGCCAAGUAUUGUUGGACGAUUUUGAUUUAAAAUAUUUAAAUUUACAUUGGCUUCGUCAAAACAUUGGAGUUGUAUCCCAAGAACCAGUAUUAUUUAAUGUUUCUAUUGCUGAAAACAUCAGAUAUGGUCAAACAGAUUGUACUCGACAAGAUAUUAUAGCUGCUGCAAUGACAGCAAAUGCCCAUAGUUUCAUCAUAAAAUUACCCAAGGGUUAUGAUACAUUAGUUGGAGAUAAAGGUUCUCAACUUUCUGGUGGUCAGAAACAAAGAAUUGCCAUUGCAAGAGCUUUGGUCAAAGAUCCAAAAAUAUUAUUAUUGGACGAAGCUACUUCAGCACUAGAUGCACAAAGUGAAGGCAUAGUACAAGAAGCCUUAGAUAAAGCUCAACAAUAUAGAAGCACUAUUAUUAUUGCUCAUAGACUGUCUACAAUAAGAAAUGUUGAUGUUAUUUUUGUUUUACAAAAUGGAAGUGUAGUAGAAUCUGGAACACACGACUUCUUGAUGUCAAAGAAUGGUCUGUAUUCAAAUUUAUUUAACACCCAAGUGAAACGGGAAAAUAAUGAAAUUAAUGGAGACUCUUUAGAAUCUGAUGAAGAUAUUAUAGAUGAUAAAAAAAAAAAAACAGAAUAUGUUACACCAUCAACAAGUCAAUCUAAGAAUAAACAAAUUAGUUUAAAAUCUGAAAUUGAAAAUGUUUGCAUGAAGGACAUACUUAAAUUCAACCGUCCAGAAUGGCCAUGGUUGAUGAUGGGUUUCAUAGGUUGUGCUUUAACCGGUACCAUAAUGCCAGUGUUUGCUAUUUUUUAUGGUCAAGUCUUUGCUACAUUUACACUUAAAGGCGAUGAGCUAUUACAAGAAGCAGCUUUUUGGUCAAAAAUGUUUAUCAUAUUGGCUUUACUAUCUGGAUUAGCAUGGUGGAUGCAGACCUUCGGAUUUACCCAUGCUUGUGAAAAGCUCAUUAUGCGCAUGAGAGUAUAUGCGUUUGAAAAUGUGUUACGUCAACCUAUAUUUUGGUUUGAUUUUAAAAGUUCAUCACCCAGUAAUAUCAUCAGUAGAUUAGCUAGAGAAACUCCACUUGUGAAAUCUGCUGGUAGUUUAAGAGUUGCUCAAGUAAUAUCAGCAUUUGUAACACUGUCAGCUGCACUAAUUAUUGCUUUUACGUUUGGCUGGAAAUUUGCUGUAGUACUAGUCAUUGGUGUACCAAUAAUUGCUGGUGCUGCUUAUAAACAAUUAAUGAUUGUACAAAAAAGCCAAAAAAAAGAUUUUGAAUAUAUGGAUGAAGCUGCCAGGAUUAAAUCUGAAACUAUUUCAAGUAUAAAAACAGUUCAAGGCUUAGCACAGGAGCUAAUGUUUAUAUCAAAGUAUGAAAAUAGUUUGAAUGAUCCAUUUAAAAAUGCUAAAAAACAGGCAUUUUCGUUUGCAAUUAUGUAUGCCGUUUCGCAGGCAGUUAUUUAUGGAAUGUAUUCAGUUUCAUUUAAAUAUGGAGCAUUUCUUGUAGAAAUUGGAGAUAUGUCAGCCACAGAUAUUUAUAGGGUGUUCUUUGCAUUGGCAUUUUGUGCUGCCUCUGUUGGUCAAACAUCAGCUUAUCUUCAAGAUUAUUCUAGAGCUAAGGUUGCAGCAUCUCUCAUUUUUAAACUAAUUAAGAGAAAAUCGGAGAUCGACCCUCUAUCAAAUACAGGAUCUAAACCAACAAUUAAAGGAAAAGUCCACUUUAAAGAUGUCAAAUUCGAGUAUCCUUCUAGACCAAAUGUACGUGUAUUGCGAGGCCUUAACUUGAUAGUUGAACCAGGCAAGACAUUGGCAAUAGUUGGCGAAUCUGGAUCUGGCAAAAGCACCAUACUACACUUACUUGAACGGUUCUAUGAUCCAUCAAUAGGAGUGAUUGAAGUUGAUAAUCAUGAUAUACAAGCAAUGAAUUUAUGCCAUUUAAGACAAAAUAUUGGAAUUGUUACUCAAGAGCAAACAUUGUUUAAAAAUUCCAUUAAAGAUAACAUAGCAUAUGGUGUAUCCAACAGAGAGGUCCCCAUGGAUGAAAUAAUUGAUGCAGCUAAAAAAGCAAAUAUUCAUAAUUAUAUUACAACUCUAGCUCAAAGAUAUGAUACAUUGGUUGGAGAUCAAGGAAGUCAGCUGUCUGAAGGACAAAAACAGCGAGUAGCCAUUGCACGGGCAUUAAUAAGAAAUCCUAAAAUACUUUUGUUGGAUGAAGCUACAAGAGAAUUGGAUAAGGAAAAUGAAGUACUCUUGCAAGGAGCAUUGGAGGCAGCUUGUAAAGGUCGCACUUGCAUUAUUAUUGCUAAUCGUCUUUCUACAAUUCAACUAGCUGAUUCUAUUGCUGUAGUUCACAAUGGUAAAAUUGUUGAACAAGGUAACCACGAAGAACUGAAAGCUAAAAAGAAGUAUUAUUACGAGUUAAUUACACGCCAAGAAGAAUCAUCUAAUCAACUUCAGCUCUAA